UAUAUGUCAUUAAAAAACUCAAGAUAUUAGCCUGCACUGUAUAUGGUCCGUUCUACUGUUUUGCUAUUGCAAAGAAUUUGGGUAUUACUAGUUUAAUUCUUUUCAUAAAACUGGACAAAGUAUUUCUAAAUCUUUUUCUAAAUAUCUUUUUUCUAUGGGCUCAGUGAAGCAGUCUUGAUUUUGAGAUGAAAGGAGAAACAUCCAAGGCAAUAAUUUUUAUUUUUGUUUUGCAUGAAUACAUAGUUUUUCAUGUUAAUCUAUUGGCUGCAACAUUGUUUUAGCAGUUUAGGGCACAUAAGCCACUGGUGAGCAGAUUUGAAGAUUGGAACCUUUCUACAGGGAUACAACAACAAAACUGAUACUGAAAACCAUCAGAAUGGUCUUGAGUGUAUUGUAAUGAAAACUACUGCAUUCAUGGUCUCUCCUGUUUUAAUAAGAAGAGUUUGGAAGGGACAUCACUGACAGGAAUAUGUACUUUGCUAAAACAGUGCAUCUUCAGAGCUCUUCGUUGCUUUCUGUAUUCUUAUCUCCCCAAAGAUGCAGGUACAUCUUAUUAAUCCUUGCUGUUCUCAGGAAGAGACUGCCUCAGAAGAUGUCUCUGCCUAAGGAUUUGUUUCUCUCUGCUUUGAAGCUGACACUUUUUUUUUCUCUUUUUUUUUUUUAUUGUCAUUAUUUUUUGCCUCUAAAGAGUUACUUUGAUUUCAGUAGAAGCUGAAAUAGGCAUAAAGUGGUGUGUCCAGCUCGGCUGGAAAAAGAGCAUGAGCACACAGCAUUCCUGCCAAGAAAUAACAAAUGUCUUUUUCUUUUACCUUCAGGGCUGGGUCCGCUCUGUCCGAUCCCAGAAGGAAGUUUUGUUCCUGCACAUAAAUGAUGGUAGUUCUCUGGAAAGCCUCCAGGUGGUUGCUGAUCCGAGCCUGGAAAAGAGAGACCUGACUUUUGGAAGUGCAGUGGAAGUGCAAGGGAAGCUUGUCAAAAGUCCUCAUAGGAUGCAAAACAUGGAGCUGCAAGCAGAAACCAUUCAUGUGGUGGGACCUUGUGAUAUUUGGUCAUUUCCCCUGAAAAUGAAGGAGAGGCACCCACUGGAGUAUGUCCGACAGUUCCCCCACCUGCGAUGCAGGAACAACACGCUGGGUGCCCUGCUGCGAAUCCGCAGUGAAGCCACUGCAGGCAUCCACUCCUUCUUCCAGAAUAAUGGAUAUGUGCAUAUUCAUACCCCUAUAAUUACAUCCAAUGACUGUGAAGGUGCUGGGGAACUCUUUCAAAUUGAGACAUCAAGCGAGGCAAAGGAGUCUGCAGAAAAGACCCACUUCUUCAAUGUGCCUGCCUUCCUGACAGUUUCUGGCCAGCUCCAUUUGGAAGUAAUGGCAGGGGCUUUUACUCACGUGUUCACCUUUGGCCCGACGUUCCGAGCAGAAAACUCGCAGAGUCGCCGGCACCUGGCAGAGUUCUACAUGGUAGAGGCUGAGCUGUCCUUCACUGAAAGCCUUCAGGACAUCAUGCAGGUUAUGGAAGAUCUUUUCAAGACAGUGACAAGCACUGUGCUCUCCAGAUGUCCUCGUGAUGUUGAGCUUUUUCAUAAAUACAUAGCUCCUGAACAGAAGGGCAGGUUGGAACAAAUACUGAAGCACAAAUUUAUGAUAAUUUCCUACAGUGAAGCAGUGGAAAUUUUGAAGCAAGCUCCUCAAACUUUCACUUUCAAGCCAGAGGUUGCAGCUGUUGAUCUCCUUGUACCAGGGGUAGGGGAGUUGUGUGGAGGCAGCUUGAGAGAGGAGCGACUGCCCUUCCUCGAAUCGCGCUUACAGAGAUUAGGACUCACAGAUGCCUAUCAAUGGUAUCUAGACCUCCGAAAAUUUGGAUCAGUUCCUCAUGGAGGCUUCGGAAUGGGGUUUGAACGCUACCUACAGUACAUCUUGGGAGUUGACAAUAUCAAAGAUGUUAUACCUUUCCCCAGGUUUUCUCACUCCUGUCUCCUGUAGUUCAGCAGUUGACUCACGUGGAGAAAACUGCUGGUGUAACUAUGUGUAUAUAACAUACCAGGAUAUGACUGAGUGUGUUUUAGUGGGAAAUCAGGAUAAUUUUUAUAUCAAUGAAACUCUUGGUUAAUUUAAUACUGGGUUAUUGAAAAUAAUAUAUGUUCUGGUGAGAUUAUGGAAGGACACUGGCAGUUAAUUUGAUAGCAGCUCAUGUCUUCAGUGCACUUCAGGAGUAUUAAUAAAUCCCACUUAAGUAAAGGGUUACAAUUCUCAUGAGACUAGUACAAGCCAUGGAAAUACUGGAGAAGCACUGAAGGUAGCAGGGGGUUUUAUGUGAAAUAUUAAUAAGGAAGUGUGACCUAAAAUAUUGUCAUGGCUUUGAUACACUUGCUACUGCUACAGUCAGGAAAUGGCUACUGUAAAGCAUGAUUCUCCCCACUCUGAGUUAAAAGCAAAUAUUGUUUACCUUGGAAAAACCAGCCAAACCUAGCAAGGAACAAUGUCAUAUUGGAAUUGCUGGAGUGAGUUUGUUGAAUGAUGUUUGAUUUUGUGAAUCAUCAAUAAAGAUGUACACUGGGUUGUUUUAUAACU